AUGAAAGAAAUGAGAAGUGAUAUCCGUGCAUCAUUUUUCUUUUCCUGCACAUACCAAAUGAGAAUUGAGGGAUAGAAAUUAAUAAACUGUGGUGCGCAACAAGAGAAAAGAAGUGUGCGAAAAUUACGUAAGAUGGAAAAAAAAUGAGAAUUUAGUCGAAAGGAAAGGAGCAGUUCAGAAGAAAAUGGUGAAGAAGGUUAUGUUAAGACAGUCUCGGUGGGGAAAGGAGCAAUGUAACAAGGAAAUGGUGGAGCUCGUUUGAAAAUUUGGUUGUGGACCUUGUGGUGCCGGGCGGCACGGUGAUGACAGUGGUGGCAGCUGUGGAGUCGUAGCAGUUCUGUCUACGGAGGGGGGAAUAGAGACGGAGACAGAGUAAACAUGAUGAUGGUGAUGUAAUGUGUGAGAAAGAAAGAUGUGAUCCUAAAAAAAUUGACUGGUCACAGACUAUGGACCAAUUUUUCGUUGAACUAAUGUUAGAUGAAGUGCGCAAAGGAAAUAAGGUUGGUCGCACUUUCAAGAAAAAAUCAUGGAUUACCAUGAUCACAUGCUUUAAUGAGAAAUUCGGGUUUCAGCAUGGUAGGGCGGUAUUGAAAAAUCGGUACAAUGUGUUCAGGAAACAUUACAGUAGCGUUAACAUUCCGCUUGAUCAAAAGGGUUUUACUUGGGAUGAAACACAACAGAAGGUGGUGGCUGAUGAUCCGGUCUGGAACAAGUAUAUCCAGGCACAUCCCAGUUUGCACAUGGACAGAAAUAAAGUUAUGUCAUAUUAUUCCGAUUUGUGUAUCAUGCGUGGAAAUGACGCUAGAUUUUUGAAAAAGUUCCAUCAAGCUGCAAUCGAGCUCUUUACAAGGGAACCAUUGCCAAGAAAAUUUACGGAGAUGCUCAGAAGAAGUCAAUGGGUUGAAGUGAUGUCAAGAAUUUUUCAGAUCAAAAGGAAAGGCACGUCCUGUAAGCACACAAACCUUACAACAGUCUAAGAAACCAUAAAGUAUGGAUGGAGUUGCGGCCAAUGCUCUAGGAGAUAUGGCAGUUGCAGAGUAACCGUUGAAGAAGAAACUGAAGAAAGAGGCAUCUGUAUCCCUAGAGAAAGUUAUUGAUGUCCUAAAUGCUAUUGACAUUUUGAAGGAUGAGAAGAGAGCCAGGAUGUUUUUAGCAUUGCACCCCGCCCUGCGAAAGAAGUGGUUGUGGAGAAAGCUUCGUCCAUAGUGAUCUAUCUUUCUUCCUCCUCCCAUUACCUUUACAAGGUAUAGUUUUGUAUAUCUCGUAAGUCGUAAAUUGGGCACAUUGAACAAUGCUAGCAAUAUUUGUAGAAAGAGCUCCUUGCUAUACAAUUAUACUUGCUUUUUCUUCAAGUAAAAGUCGUGAAUCAAGCAAAAUUCUAGUCUCUAUGCUAGUACUGUCAAUCCUUUUUCUUCCACAAUUCCAUUCCCUUGUGUUCUUUCA